AGGUGGGAUCUGGUUGCCGCUGGUUGUAUCGGCUUGGGUGACCGCACUGCGUUGACUGUCAAGCUGUUCGGUGCCGCUCUGCUGUUUGUCUGCUUUCGAGGUGCGAGUGUCACGCUGGCGCGUGCGGAAGAUGCGCGCACGCCUAGUGGACGUGCCUUCGCCCUCCCUGUUGUCGGCUGCCGAGGCUGCAUCCGAUGUUCUGUUGCGGCCCAUGCUGCCAGUCCUGGCGGGUGGACAGGUCGAUGUCGUUCGUGGGAUGCCUUCAGUUCCGGCGGCUGUGCUGCGUCGCACCGUUGGAUGGCGGGAUUGCCGUACUCUCUUUUGGAAGACGUUACAGGCGAUAGGCAGGAUUGGCGUGUCCGUGUCAGGGUUGCUCGCAUUUGGAACCAGUGGAGCAUGGACAGGCCUGAUGAUCUUCUACGUAUUCAUCUUGUUCUUGCCGACGAGAAGGGUGAAGGGAUACAUGGCAUCAUUGCUAAGCCUUGGCUGUCUAAGUUUGCUGAAGUCUUGAAGGAAGGUCGUGUGUACUAUCUUCAGUAUUUCGAGGUUACACCUGCCAGGGAUUGGUUCCGUCCUGUCUUACACCGUUUUGAGAUCAGACUCGCGAAAUGGAGCACUGUGACCGAAGUUUCUCCCAUGCCUGACGACUUCCCCCUUCAUACAUACAAAUUGCGCACGUUUCAAAAUCUGUUGGACAAUAUGGGUGACAAGAUGUUCUUGGCAGAUGUGGUUGGCAUCGUUACCGGCGUGUCUCCCUUGAUUUCGGUCGAUGUUAAAGGACGUCAGGUUUCAAAACGAGUUGUCCGUCUUACGGAUACGAGGCAGACAGCUAUAUUGGCUUUGUGGGACGAAAAUGCUGAACAUUUAGACGCAGAUGCUUUGGUUGAUUCUAGCCUCAGAGAGCCUGUCAUUGCCUUGGUCAUGGGAUGUACUUACAAGAUAGAAGAUUCGAUGCUCAGUUUGUCUGCCAGUUAUGGUUCGAAGAUCUGUAUAAACAUUGCUAAUCCUGGCAUUGUCUUCCUGAGAAAUAGGGCUGGAAGUGUCCAGUAUACCAUCGAAUGGAUCGUGGAUAAGGGACAAGGGUUCAGUGUUGUUGAGGUGGAAAAGUCUGAUGUGGAGAGCCUUGGUUCCAUGAUACCUCACGUGGCUGCGGUACUGAAUAUGCCUUUUGUUUUGGUUUUGUUUGGUGUGCUUUAUGUAGUUUUUAGGCGUUCUUUGUGCUGGCUUUUGCAGAAUAGGAAGUUUAGAUGUUACAUUGUUAUCAAAGAGUUGGUCCACGACCAGAAUUGGUGGUUUCUUUCAUGCGAUACUUGCACUUACAAGGCCACAGAGGAAGGGGAUGCUUACAAAUGUACCAACAGUGCUUGCGGUUCUACAAGUGCCAGCCCAAGGUACAAGCUUAUUGUAGUGGCUGCUGAGAAGGAGUCGACUGUGGAGAUGGUCUUUUUUGGUGAUGUUGCAAGGGAUCUGAUUGGGAAGCCUGCCAUCGAUUUGGUUGCGACAUCCCAUGAGACGGCUUUCGCUGUUCCUAAGGAGUUAUUAGAUUUGGUUGGCAGGAAAUACAUUGUUGAUGUCGCUGUUUCGCGUUACUCUUUCCGCAUGGACCAUAUAUCUUUUCAGGUUUUGAAAUUUUACCCGGAGGGAGGAUCUGUGUAUGUGGAUUUCGUGGCGUCAUGUGCGACGGGUAGUGGACUGUCACCUGGGAGUUCACUACUGUCUGCAGAUAAGUUGACGCCUGUUGCACCUUCGGCGGGGGUGGUGGGGCAGCAUGCUGGUGAAACAUCGUCUGUUUCGGGCGCUGAAGAUUUGAUUGAUCCAUUAAUCAUUGGCGAUGAGGAUGUCGGGGAUGAUGCAGCCGACGAUUCGUUCAUGCCGCCACGUGAUGUCCUGGAUCAAUCAAGACUACCGGACCUAAAUGGGUUGUCCAAGAAGGCUGGCUCUAAUAUGAAAGGUGCUUCUGCCGAUAAGAGAAAGGAUAAGAGCUGUGAUUUGCUGACAGGCAGCGACCCGGGAUGUCCAGGUCGAAUGCAUCCAAGAAGCUGUUCGCGGUCCAAGAAAGUCUCGAUGAAUCUAAGUAGUUGUUCAGGUACUGCACCAUCUCACGACUGUGGCUGUUCGUCCUUGCUUGCAUGGCUCUGGUUGCUUCUCAGAUUGCGGCUCGACGGUGAGAUGGGGCGCCCUUUGUUGUGAACGAAGAAGCUGUCGACAUUGUUUGUGUUUCACAGUGUCUGUUCUUGGUUGUUCGUGUGUUGAUCUGAAGAUUUAUGUAAGGCUUUGAGGCGGCACUAUUUACCAUGUUGGUUGUGAGACUUAUAUACGUCGUCUCGGGGAGGGCGUUUUGAUGUUUCUGUUUGUUCUUUAGGACGUGUACCAUCGUAACAGGUUGCUUCUGUCUCCCCGUGCGUACAUCUUCGUGUGAUGUUGUCCCGGUUGGUACAUCUCAGCCCGUGGCUCAGGCCGUUCCGUGUAUAGUUAGGUUCAUGUCAAUCUCCUUGCCCGAUGA